AUGCCGGUAUCCCACCUCGGACUUACUGUAUCCCACAUUCCAUCCGCAACGUCCUUUUACCUCGCGGCUUUACAACCACUCGGAUACCGUUUCAUCGGACAUCAGGGCAACUCCAUCGGGUUCGGUGUUGUUUCUGCCGACUUCUUCCUCACGCAAGCACCAAUAGGCGUUCGAAUCUCGCCCAACCACAUCGCUUUCUUGGCAGAGGAUCGCAGUGUGGUUCGUGAGUGCUAUACAGCGGCCUUGAACUCUGGCGGCCACCCUAGCGGUUCUCCCAACUAUCGGAACCAAGAUUGCACGUGCUUCAACGCUGCAGUAGAAGAUUUGGACGGUAAUACCGUUGAAUUCAUCUUUCGUUCACCCCACGGCGAUAGUAAUUGCUGUGGGGAAGCUGUUUCACAGUCAGAGGCGAGAGCUAUACAGAGCAGAGAAGAUGCCGAAGAUGUUGAGGAUGUCGAAGAAGAUGUCGAGGAUGACGCUCAAUCGGUAGCACACUCUAUGCGUUCUCAGACCUCAAGCAAGUCCCGUGCGAAGUCAACCAUGCAGACUGCACUCGACCUCGCUUCGACAACAUCGAAAUCGAUCAAAUCAGAAAUCCCCAGCCAAGGCAUCCCAAGAACCUCAACGGCGCCCGCAGCUACCGGCUUCUCGUCAAGCUUCCCAUCAAGUUUCCCAUCAAGAACAUUAGUGGGAACCGCUCUCGGAGCUGCUGCUGGAGCCGCUUUGAUGUACGCCAUGAGUCGAGCCGAAAGAGCAAACGCAAAGGAUGAAGCAGCUCACGCUGCUUACAUGAAUUCCACCAAACCAAGAUCGAAAUCCCAACAUCGACAGACUUUCGAAGACAGCAGAUCCGUGGCGCCACCAUUACCAUCUCUCAAGGCCCAAUCUGUGGCUCGAUCUGCAGCUCCCAUCGCCUAUCCAGCAGCACCAGCACCACCAAGUGUUAGAGAACCACGCAAAUCUCAUCGAAACUUCAGCACCACAGAAUCGGCCUUUAGCACACGCUACCCAGCACCACAGACGACUCAAGCGAUGAGGAUGUUGGAAGCAACAGGUCAUUAUGGUGAAGACGAGGAGGUCCUCGAAGCAUUAGGGAGACACAACUCCCUCCGAGCCAUGCCGACGAGAAGUCGAACCCAGGACGAAUACGUCUACGCUCCAGCUUCCCAAACAGGACGUAGCGAAGCCCGCAGCGAGAGACGCUCCAGCAGAACGGCAGCAGCGGAGAAGUCCUAUGAGCCACUCCAAUACCUCAUUGAAGAACCAGACCCAAUUAAGAGCACAAUUUCCCAAAGCUACCCAGAGCGCGAAAAGCAGCCUUUCCGCUCAMCCUCACAUACCUCUUCCCGUCGCGGCGGCGGCGACGAAGAAGACGCCAAACACCACAGAAACGACUCCGGCGUUAGCGUUACCUCACACCGCCACCAUCGCYCAUCCCGAGACAGCGAAACGGGCCGAACCAACAACAACCCCACCAGCUCCUCCCGUCGAGAAAGCGAAACCGCCCUGCGGUCCAACUUACACGCUCCCGUCCGUCGGGAUUCCGCUCUUUCUUCCCCUCUUCCCGCAGUGCAAAAAGCACCCAGUCUCUUAAUUGAGAAUGCAGCGUAUUUCCCCGCAGCAAUUUCUCUACCAGCUUCUUCUAUUGCUUCGUCCCCUCACAGACGCAGCAGCAGCGGGAAAGAAAAGGCCGUGCCUCCGAUUCAUUACAGUGAGCAGAGUUGGGAGGGCUUCAAUACGGCUGGGGAGGAAAGUGAUGGGUUUGAAGGGGAUACGAGGACGGUGGUGCCUGAGGAUAGUAUUUCUUGCGUGGACUUUGAGGGGAGGAGGAGGAGGCGGAGGAGGCGGCAUGGUGAGGAGAGGGAGAGUGAGAGUGGGAGGAAGGAGAAGGAGAGUGAAAGUGGCAGGAAGGAGAGUGAGAGUGGGAGAAAAGGAAGUGAGAGUGGGAGAAGUCAUAGGAAGCACCAUCAUACUUCUUCCAGGAGGUCUGAAGCCGCGAGUGAGAGUACGGCAAAGCCGAUUAAGAGGGGGAGUGUUGUUGGGGAAGGGACGGGGAGGAUCUUUGGGUUCUAA